UAAUGCUUUAUGUUUCGAUCGUAUAUACAGCAGCGACAUUGAGAAGAUUUCACAAUCCACACGACACAGUGACACGGAUCUACCACCACCAUCAGGCCCAAGCAGAUGGUGAUGACAUUUGACAGUUUGAGAAAACCGAAUAUACUAGUGUUUCCUACAUGGCAUCUGCAGACAUUAUCCCGUUCAGUCUGAACAGUUUCAGACGUAGAAAACCCAAAGCGAAAAUGGAAGGGGGCACCAAAAGUCCCAGGAAGCUACCAAAGAAGAAAAGUCAGCAUUACUCCUCCUGUAUGUUAUACCAUGGAAGACUGGCUCAGGAGAAACUGACCGGGAUCUCCAUAGCAACGUGUAAUCCAAGUGUUGAAGAUGAUGACAGGAUUAUAGAUAACACUGAUUCUGACAAAGAAGUGUCGAGCCAUCAUCGCCACAGGAGGCAGCACGUGGUGUCUGACAGGAUGUCCUGCAACUUCUGCAGCGUUGAGUUCGCUGCCCGCUGGGCACAGAAAGAGCAUUACAAAUCAGAUUGGCACAGAUACAACUUAAAACUUCGACUCAAAGGAUCUAAUUUGGUCUGUGAAGACGAGUUUGAGAAAAUAGCAGGUGAUGUCUCGAGCAUAUCAGGAUCGGAGGAUGAAUCAGAGCUGUCUGACACAGACACUGAUACCGGGGGUGGAAAAGGGAAGAGCAAACCUAUGGCAAUACCCCAGCAUGUGAGGGGAGCUUCAGCACACAGUGGUACAGACAGUGAAUCAGAGGGAGGCUUGACAAUUGAAGGAACAGCCAGGAAAUACCCCAAAGUCUAUUUUAAGAACAAAGAUGGGGAGCUAAUUUCUGUGUUCCGAUGCCUCCUGUAUCAUAAAAAGAAACCCCCUACCACCCAGCAAGAGCUGAUAGCCACAGCUACUGAUCUGCCCCGGAAAACCAAGUGGGCGAUCUGUAUGACAGCUGGCGGCCAUUUUGCUGCUGCAGUGUUUGAGGGAGAAAAUUUGGUAGCCCACAAGACCUUCCAUCGAUAUGUGGUACGGGCAAAACGUGGAACGGCACAGGGCAGUCGAGACAGCCAGGGGAACGCCCCCAAGUCAGCAGGUGCCAGCAUUAGGCGCUAUAACGAGGCAGCACUCAUGCAGGAAGUCCAAGAUCUCCUGGCCACGUGGUCUGACCACCUGAAGAAAUGUGACCUCAUCUUCCUCCGAGCCCCAAGCUUCAACAGACAGAUGUUUUAUGCCGGCAAAACCCCGCCAUUUAAGAAGGAUGACUUUCGCAUCCGAACAGUACCAUUCCCAACACGUCGACCAACUCUAAAUGAAGUUAAACGAGUUCACCAAAUGUUGGCAUCGGUUGAGUGUUAUGGUAAGACAGAAGUCCAUAUUACUUAUUUUCUGCCUGUGUCACCGCUGCGUCACUUCAGUCCUGAGACAGGACGACUGGAGAUUGUAUCUGACGACGUGUUACGUCGAUCACCACGGAAAUUGAAAGACAAAGAUUUAAGUGUGUCCCCACUUGCCGCCUCCCCCAAGUUUGUUAGUGGGAGCCCCAGCAACAAACAGACGGGCAAGUUCAUUCUUCCAGAUUACUUGCUUUGUGAGGACAAUCAACCAUCAUCGUCAGCAACGUCAACCGCCAGUGAGGCCGACCUUGUGGAAAUGGAGGAAGCCAUUAGUACCCUUGAUCUGCAGCCGUUUGAGCAUACUGGAAAGGGGCCACGCAGGAAGAAAAACAAACGGAAGCGACGGCCAUCUUUGAAACAUCAAGUAGAACCAGAAGGUGACAUGUUUGCUGAAGAAAGAUACCACCUACGUAACGCCUUGUACACUGCCUGCAAAGUCGGAGACAAGAGUGCUCUCCGCAGUUUGUUGGCCAUCUUCAACCACCCAGCAGCUAGUAUAGACAGUCCCCUGACUGACGACACGGCACCACAGGGGGAGGAGGGGGCACCUGUUGUGUCAGGGGAGGCACAGGUCCUGUCUGUAGAGGGAGAUGAUGGGGAGGAAAUAUCCCAGGCAGAUGGUGCAACAAAGUCAGAAGGAAAAGAAGACAUUCCCGAUUCUGGUUUUGAGACCGAAAAUUUCAAGGAGGAGAGUUUCCAUAUUGGAGAAGGGGAUUAUGAAAUCAAAGUGACGGACUGUGGAGACACUGUGUCAGAGAGUAGUAACAAUUUUCAGGAUAAUGUGGAACAAGUUGAUUCCUUGAAAGAUGAAAUUGUAGAUCCUGACAGACAUAAAAAUGGUGAGUCUUUGGAAAAAGAAUUGUCAGAGAAGAUGCCAAGCACAAAACCUGCAGCUCUGCCUGGUCUGACGAUAGGUCUGGCCCAACCUACCUUUGAGUUAUCUCCCCUUAUUACAGCUGAAGUGUUGAACGAACCUUUUGGUGACAACAGCACGACGUUGCUCCAUGUGGCGUCGAAGGGUGGCUAUCCAUCCCUGAUCCGACUGUUGAUGAAGGCAGGUGCUGAUCCCACAAUGAAAGACAAGUUUGGCAAGGUGCCUUACUCUGUCACCACCAGCAAAGAGACGAGGAAUGAAUUCCGUAGAUUUAUGGGAGAGUUCCCGGAGAAGUUUGACUACAGCAAGGCUCAGAUCCCUUGUGCACUGACACCCGAGAUGGAGGCACAGAAGCGGGUUAAGGACGCUGAGAAGAAGAAGCAACAGAAGAAAGCCAAACAGGAACGUCUCAAGGAGAAGAAGGUGGAGAUGGCCAUGGCAAAAGCAGAGGAGGAGGAGAAGAAGCGAUUUUUGUCACUCUCCGAUCGAGAGAAGCGAGCACUGGCAGCUGAAAGAAGGAUCUUGCAGCAACAGGAAGUGCAGGGAGCAGCGCCAUCUGUUCUCAGUCGCUGCUAUCAGUGCGGGGCGGACAUGACAGGGAAGGUUCCCUUUGAGUACAAAGACUACAAAUUUUGUACUUCUAAAUGUUUACAACUACAUCGUAAAAGUUGUGCAAAAUCUUAACACAAACUGUUUCUAGGUUUCUAAUAUAAUGUUGUUAGCCUGGCAAACCAUCCCAAACAUGUGAACAGCAUAAUGUUGAAGGUUACCAGAAACCAUUCCAGGCGUGGGUUAAGUGAUGGGUUAAGUUGUUGAACUCUCAUAUCUUCCUGUCAGUUAAGUGCAUAUUUGUUCAUUCCAUGUAAAACAUGGGUCAGUGGAGUAGCCGAGUGGUUAAAGCGUUCGCUUGUCAUGCAAAAGGCCCGGGUUGGACUCCCCAUAUGGGAACACUGCGUGAAGCCCAUUUGUGGUGUCCCCCACCAUGAUAUUGCUGGAAUAUUGCUAAAAGUGGCAUAAUACCAUACUCACUCACUCACCCAUAUAAGACACAGGUCAGAUGAAGUUUUUUUGAACCCAAGAGAUUUCCUCUCCUUCUAUACUCAGUGUAUUCACAUGUUCUCCAUGCUUGUUGUAGUUCAAUCCUUAAUGUCCUUGUUUAAAGAUAAUUUCAGGUUGAAAUGAUUUUAAUAUUUGCAUCUUACACAAAACUGUGUUGAAAUACAGUAAACAAUGAUUGUAACAAGUUCAUAUUGUACCAUAGUUCGUUAUGCUCAUCUAAACUUAAGCCCAUUUCUGGUGUCCCCUCUGUGAUAUUGCUGGAAUAUUGCUAAAAGCCACGUAAAACCAUAGUCACUCACUCGUCUAAACAUAAAUAUACAGCAAGUGGACGGGAUACAAGAAAAUAGGUUAUGAUAUCCGUUAUUUCACGAUGAAUGUCAGUUUGCUAUUGCACUUAACAGAAUAAGUAAAGUCUUAAUCUCGCAUUAAUUUUAUAUUGGCCUACAUUUCAUGGAGAGAAAAGAUCAUUUGUUUUAUCAUCUAAGUGUUUUGAACCAAACAAAGAUACUCCAUGUUGUU